CCGCAUGUGUGUCGGUGUUGACACUCCGUGGACGCACAGUGACCCGGCGGCGAAGGGGACACUUUUUGCAGCGUGCGGGCUAUAAAGAGAGGGAGUGGCGCACUGGUGAACAGUGAGGAGAGAGACUCCACGCGCACACAGCAGCGCGGCAGCACCCGGGAUAACAUGAUUAGCGCUGUGUUUGGUCCACCGCCGAGCACAGCUAGAUGCAGCACAGGGAUCACUGUGCGGGGGGAGAGAGGAGACGCUUCAUCCGCCACAUGGAUCUUCUCUGUUUUCUAUUGAUCUUCCUAAAGAAGUUACCCGCUGACAGUUUCUUAGUGCCCGUGCGUCCCUGGCACUGGAGAGGUCGUGGCAGGUUGUGUUGCCUCAGAUGAACUGACAGAUGUGAAAAUCCAUUUCAGCUAUUCCAUGAGGUGGCAGUGCACAAUGAAAGAGAAAAACCCAUCCUGGAAAACCUCAGAGGAGUGAUUCACUUCCCUCCCUCUCUCUCAGCCGUACUAGCUCUGUCCGUCCUGGUGGAUGAUAUCUUAACCCCAGCUGAACUCACUUAACAAGUAGUCCAAUCUACUCCAAUGGAGUUUAACAACAAGACCAACCAGACGCUUCCAGAGGCGGCUCCUUACAGCCUUCAGCUGCCGCUCAUUGUGCUGGUGGGGAUCCUGAUGCUGCUCACGGUGUUUGGGAACGUGCUGGUGGUCAUAGCUGUGUUUACAAGCCGGGCCCUGAGGGCGCCGCAGAACUUAUUCCUGGUGUCUCUGGCAUCGGCGGACAUUUUAGUGGCUACCCUUGUGAUGCCCUUCUCCUUGGCCAAUGAGCUCAUGGGAUACUGGUACUUUGGCAAGGUGUGGUGUGAGAUAUAUCUGGCACUCGAUGUUCUUUUCUGCACCGCCUCUAUUGCUCACCUCUGCGCCAUCAGCUUAGACCGCUACUGGUCCAUCACACAGGCCAUCGAGUACAAUCUAAAGAGGACGCCGCGGCGCAUUAAGUGCAUCAUCUUCAUCGUGUGGGUCAUCGCGGCAGUUAUCUCCUUCCCGCCCCUUAUCACCAUGGAGAAAGAGAACAGCGAUAUGGGCGGCGUGUGUAAAAUCAACAAUGACAAGUGGUACGUCAUUUCCUCCUGCAUCGGCUCCUUCUUCCUCCCCUGUGUCAUCAUGGUGCUGGUCUAUGUGCGGAUCUACCAGAUUGCCAAGAAGAGGACGCGGGCGCCUCCAGGAGACCGGAAGCGGAUGCCAAAGACGGCCACAGUUGCUGCCGCUGAUGCAAAGGAAAACGGCCUGGGUGCCGAGGACCACCUCUGCCAGGAGAACCUGAACGGCAAGCGGGACGUUGAGCUUAAGAAAGGGGUGGGAGGAGAAGGGGGAGCAGAGGAGGAGAAAGGAACGAUCAAUGGAGUGGAUAUUGAGGAGUCGUCGUCGUCUGACCACAAAGUGAAGAACCCCUGCUCAAUCAAAAAGAAAGUGUCCAAGAGGGGAACCAAAAUGAGCCAAAUCAAACCAGACAAUGAUGCCCACAAGCAGGUGCAAUGCAACAAAGGCAGCCGCUGGAAGGGCCGCCAGAACCGAGAGAAACGGUUCACCUUCGUCCUGGCCGUGGUCAUCGGAGUGUUCGUCAUCUGCUGGUUUCCCUUUUUCUUCACGUACACGCUGACGACGGUGUGCGAGUCGUGCCCCGUGCCUGACACCUUGUUCAAGUUCUUCUUCUGGUUCGGUUACUGCAACAGCGCUCUGAACCCCAUCAUUUACACCAUCUUCAACAAUGACUUUAGGAGGUCCUUCAAAAAGAUACUGUGCAGGCGGGACGCUCGGAGGUACGCGUGACAGGCUCCACCGCCGUGUACAUACUUGUUUUGUUGCUAUGUUGUACAUCGAGGCCAUCAUACGUGGAUCACCUACUCGUGAACGCUCUAUGGUAGAACUGCUUGAACAGGCUUCUCUGCAGAAUGAGCUUUUUACGUCGCAGCAUUUUCUCUUCCCCAAACGUCCGUCACCCACAGCUCCAACAUGACCACGGCCACACAGGACGCCACAGUGAAGACAUGUUUUUAUUGUAGAUUUUAUUGUAUUUUUAUUUUUAUAAAACAAGGAAAAUAUAGUGAAGUCCAUCCUAUGUGUUGUACAGAAUGACCUGUCUGAAUAUUUGUCUCUAUUUUGAUGAUGAGAUGAUGAUGAGAAUGAAUAUGAGGAAGGUGAUGAUGAUGAUGGCUCUUUAAAGAAUAAAACCUAUUACAUGAA